CUCCUCUCAGCGACCCGUCGCAUCCAGGUUCAUUUUUCUCAUCAGCAAUCAUGGGCUUCUCCGAUCUCGUCUCUGACGCCGGUCUCACCAUCUUGAACAACUGGCUCAAGACCCGUAGCUACAUUGUUGGCUACACCCCCUCCCAGGCCGAUGUCAAGGUCUUCCAGCAGAUCAAGACCGUCCCUGCCCCUGAGAAGUUCCCUUACGCUUGGCGCUGGUACAACCACAUCCUGACCUGGGAAUCGGAGUUCAGCACUCUUCCUGGUGACCCCACAAAGGACCACACUGCCUACGGCCCUGAAUCCGCCGAGCUCACCGUCAACCCUGCCAAGGCCCCUGCCGCCGAGGAGGAGGAGGAGGAGGUCGAUCUGUUUGGCAGUGACGAGGAAGAGGAUGAGGAGGCUGAGAGGCUCAAGGCUGAGCGCCUUGCCGAGUACAACAAGAAGAAGGCCGGCAAGGUAAAGCCUGCCGCCAAGUCCAUUGUCACUUUGGAUGUGAAGCCAUGGGACGACGAGACCAACAUGGACGAGCUCAAGGCCAAUGUUUUGGCCAUCGAGAAGGACGGUCUCGUGUGGGGUGCGUCUAAGCUUGUGGCCGUCGGUUUUGGUAUCAAGAAGCUGCAGAUCAACCUGGUCGUCGAGGACGAGAAAGUCUCUCUGGACGAGCUGCAGCAGCAGAUCGAAGAAGACGAGGACCACGUUCAAUCUACCGAUAUCGUUGCCAUGCAGAAGUUGUAGAUGAGGUAGCAAUCCUCUUCCUACCCUUCUCUAAGCUUGAGAUAUCUGGAAUUGCUGCUUGCAAGAAUGACUUGCUUGCGUUCGAGCGUGCAGCGGGUGCGGACUCAGCAUUUUACGUGUUAUGAACAAGUCAUGCCGUCUACAUGAAACGAAAAUAUGGAAUGAAAAAUUCCGGUAGUCCCUUAACUGGGAAUGCCUUAUGAGUACCAAAUGCAAGUUUGGCCACCCGAA